UCGAACGCACUGUCAGUUAGUCCCCGUCCAUGGCGGCUUCUCCUUCUUCAGCCUCCUCCGCGUUGCCGGCGAGCAACAAGACGCUGUCGGUGAUAGCCAACCUCUCCCAGCUUCUGCCUACCGGCACCGUGCUCGCAUUCCAAGCCCUCGCCCCCUCGUUCGCCAACCGCGGCGCCUGCUACACCUCCAACAAGGUCCUCACCGCCGUCCUCAUCGCCGCGUCGGCCGCCUCCGCCGCCUUCUUCUCCUUCACCGACAGCUUCACCGGAAGCGACGGAAAGCUCUACUACGGCAUCGCCACGCGGGGUGGCUUCUACGUCUUCAACUACGCCAGCGACGGCGGCGGCGCCCAGACGGCGGAGGCGGCGUUGGGCGAUCUGAGGCGGUACAGGCUGCGACCGGCGGACUACGUGCACGCGUGCUUGGGGGUGCUGGUGUUCUUGACGGUGGCGUUCAGCGACGGCAUGAUUCAGAGCUGCUUGUUCCCGGCGGCGGGGAUUAACAUGCGGGAGCUGGUGGUGAACCUGCCGCUGGGCACCGCCGUCCUGUCGACUCUGGUGUUCACGUUGUUUCCGACCACGCGACGGGGGAUCGGGUAUACCAAUACGACAAAGAGCAGGAGCAGAAGUAUCGAGACGGCGUGAUUGCAUUUGUCAGCUAAAUUCAUAUAUCAACUAAAUAAUCUAAAGAAAAACAAAACAAAAUAACAGAUUUGAUUCAACGUAAUUAGACUGUAUUUUCCUUUCUAAGAAAA